AUGGCUGGUGAUUUCGCUUAUCUCAUUCGUUUCCUCGACAAUGAGGGGAAGGAAUAUUACGGCAAUCUGAUUGAAGCGAAGGCAGCCAUCAACCUAAUUGGCUCAAAGGCGCAAGUCGUCCUAGAAACAACACCAAUUUUCCAAUGCAUUGGUGUGAACUAUGCGAGACAUUUCAACAUUCCGAGCCAGCCUGUCGUUUUCACUAAACCUGCCGAUCUAAUUGCUGCGCCAUUUGACGAUAUCCAUGUCCAUGCAGAGGCACAAUCGCAUCUGGACUAUGAAGGCGAACUCUACUUCAUCUUUGGCAAGGACUGUAAGGAUGUAAUCGAGAGUGACGCGAUGGACUGCGUUCUUGGCUAUACAAUCGGCAAUGACCUCUCGGCACGAAACUACAUACCCCAAGAGAUUUCCGGGUUCCAGAUGAGCUAUGGAAAGUCGUUUGACGCCUUUGCGCCAUUUGGGCCGUAUAUUGUCCACCCUCGAAUUGUCGGCGACCCGCAUCAGCUCCAGCUCACAACAAAAGUAAAUGGCGAAAUACGGCAGAAUGAGAAGACAAGCGACAUGAUCUGGAAGAUUCAUCAAAUCAUUCCGCACCUUACCCGCGGCAGGACGGUUCGAGCUGGAACGGUUUGCAUGACAGGGACACCCUCUGGCGUCGGGUGGUUUAUGCACCCAACUGGCUAUGUUAAACACGGUGAUGAGGUAGAAGUUACGAUAGAGAAGCUAGGAUCUAUUAAAAAUAAGGUCUUCUUCUUAUAGGGCCUUAUAUUGGAGCCACUUUAGCGGUAGCCGAACAGUGGUCGUUAUCAAGGCUGAUAUUAGUACAUGUGGCUGGGUUUGUGUAUUGAGGCUAUUGUGUAAAAGAUUCUGGAGGGGUGCUGCCCUAGCACGAAACCUACACUGCUCGACCACCACGUAUACCCCAUGUGCAGGUCAUAUUGUUGUUUACCUAGGUUGCUCGCUUAUUACCACUGCCGAGUCGAGCAGCGAGGCUUGUCUUGUCUCGUC